AUGAAUGUAGAUAGAGAAAUUAAACUAGAAGAGAUGAUAGAUCACGAUUCUGAGGAGACAAACAAUGCAUACGAAGUAUUCAAAGAGGAUCUAAAUGAAUUAGUCUCUCAAAAAGAAGAUAGAAAGAAGAAAACAUCCAACUUCUUCAGUAAACCAGUACAAUCUAAAGAAGCUGAUAAAAUUAACAAAAUACUCAAUAGAACAGUUCAGAACAACGAGAAGAUGUUAGAAAAGAAAUUGAAAGUAGAAUUUGACAAGAAGAUGCAGCGAAUGAAUAAAAUUAAAAGCAAGUGUUACAGGAAAAAAUUGAAAAAGACAGAAAGUAUUAAGAUAAAGGAUGAGAUAUAUGAAGAAAUCAGCGAUAUUGUUGAAGAAGUAGAAAACGAUGAAAUUAUCCAGAUGAAUCCUAAGCUAUUUGUGGAACCAUGCGACUUUGAACUAGAUGAAACAAAUGGAUACCAGAAUGAUCAGAAUAAACUGAAAAUGGCCGAUUUGUUUGAUGCAACUGAAUCAGAUAGCAGCAACAGCUUCGCUAAAGAAAGAGAAGAUGUCAUGCGAGAAGAUGCACCGUGCAUAAAUGAAAUGAUAUUACCUGGAUUUGAUGGUGAAUGGGCAGGUGAAGGAAUUGAGACUAUUAAGAACAAGCAGAAUACCAUCCGAACUACUAAAGAAGGAAUUGCAGUGCAAGAUAGGACUGAUUUCACAAAGAGAAAUGUGAUAGUAAACGAAAACAUAAAAUUCAACCCAAAAUACGAUGUGGAUCUUCCACAAGGAUAUACGGCAAACAUGUAUGAGAAGAAGAUGAAGAUGUGUGUGAACAAAUCGAGCAAACCAAAUAAUGGCGUAGUUGGAGAUGAAUUAGAAAUAAAGAAGUUGAAGUAA